AACAAGCGCAAAACAAGUUGACUUUCACUGUUCAUAAUUGAAAGCAGCAUUUUCCAUUUAAUUUUUAUGAGUAAAAGGCCAAUUUACCGCGUAAAUUAUCCCCAGAUGUUGACUCUGAUUGUCGUGUAGUUUUGUGACAUACAAAAAAAAUCUAUCAUGAAUAUAUCAACCGAUUUUGGUCCUGAUUCCGGCGGCCGAGUGAAGGGUCUCACAAUCGUUAAACCGUUAGUGUACGGCAACAUCGCCCGUUCUUUUGGAAAGAAGCGUGAGGAGGAUGGCCAUACUCAUCAGUGGACGGUAUACGUGAAGCCCUACCGCAACGAGGAUAUGUCCACAUAUGUGAAAAAGAUACACUUCAAGUUGCACGAGAGCUACGUUAAUCCGAAUCGCGUCGUCACGAAGCCUCCCUUCGAGGUGACUGAGACCGGCUGGGGAGAGUUCGAGAUUGUCAUCAAAGUACACUUCCACGAUCCAACCGAACGACCGGUUACGAUGUAUCACAUUCUAAAGCUGUUUCAAUCGCCGAUUCUGGAUGGUGAGGUUUCCAGCCAGCUCGAGGGAAAAAAGGGUCUAGUUUCGGAACAGUACGAGGAAAUAGUUUUUCAGGAGCCAACGCAGCUUAUGCAACAAUUACUGACGAAUGUUCAACCUGUUACGAGUGGCUCCUGGAAACAUGACACUGAUUUUGAAGAGAAAAAGGUUCAAUCUCUGGAAACCAUAAUCGAGACGAAAGGCAAGGUGAAAUCGGAAAUUGCUUUGCUAAAGGAGAAAUUGAAACUGGCUCGAGAAACAAUAGCGAAGUUUAAAACCGAAAUCGCUAAAGUGCAGGUUCAGCAGCCGGCAGCGUGAGACAUAGUUGUAAGUAUUUGCUUUUAGUUACGUCCAAUAACUGAUUCACUGAUUUUCGAACUCAAA